AGGGAGAGAUCUUUUCAAAGCAAAAAGAAGAUGCACUUCGCGUCGCCGGGGCUCCUGCUCGCCCAGCUCCACGCGUUCAUCUACUGGAGCUGCCUGCGGCCCGCCGGCUGCCAGCAACCGCCGCGACAUGACCCCCCACCGCCGCCCGCCGCCUGGAGGCAGCGGAUCCAGUGGGAGAACAAUGGGCAGGUGUACAGCCUGCUGAGCCUCGGCUCCCAGUACCAGCUUCCCCGCCGCAGACAGGCGGCGGAGGCGGCGGGCAGCCCCGUCCUGCUGCUGCGGAACAACGGCACGCUGCCGCGGAGAGCCGCCACCCGACCCGCCGCCGCAGCCGCGCAGCCCCAGCCCGCCGGCGGCAGCCGGGGCAGCUCCGGAGCACGGCACUGGUUCCAGGCCGGCUACCAGGCCGCCUCCGCGGGCCGAGCCGCCGCCGGUCAGCGGGAUCCGGGGGCCGCCACCCACGUAGCCACCGGCAGCGCCUCCCCGGGGGCGCCGCGGCCCAGCGGCCCCGCCGGCGGCAUCGGCACCGACGGCAGCCGCGGCGGCACCGGGCCCGGCGGCCCGCCGCCUCUCAGUAGCUUCCGACCCGGGCGGGAAGAUGUGAUGGUAGGAGACGACCCUUACAAUCCCUACAAGUACACGGACGAUAACCCUUACUACAACUACUACGACACAUACGAGAGGCCCCGCCAGGGCAGCAGGUAUCGACCCGGCUACGGCACCGGCUACUUCCAAUAUGGUCUCCCUGACUUAGUUCCGGAUCCCUAUUACAUCCAGGCGUCCACGUAUGUCCAGAGGAUGUCCAUGUAUAACUUGAGAUGUGCUGCCGAGGAGAACUGCCUGGCAAGUUCAGCUUACCGAGCAGAUGUUAGAGACUAUGACAAUCGUGUGCUACUGAGAUUCCCCCAGAGAGUGAAAAAUCAAGGCACAUCAGAUUUUCUGCCCAGCAGACCCCGUUAUUCCUGGGAGUGGCACAGCUGUCACCAACAUUAUCACAGCAUGGAUGAAUUCAGCCACUAUGACUUGUUGGAUGCAAGUUCACACAGAAAAGUUGCUGAAGGACACAAAGCAAGUUUCUGUCUUGAAGAUACUUCCUGUGAUUAUGGAUAUUACAGACGGUACGCAUGUACAGCACAUACGCAGGGAUUGAGUCCUGGCUGCUAUGACACAUACAAUGCUGAUAUAGAUUGCCAGUGGAUUGAUAUUACAGAUGUAAAACCUGGAAAUUACAUUCUGAAGGUGAGUGUAAACCCAAGCUAUUUGGUGCCUGAAUCCGAUUACUCCAACAAUAUAGUACGCUGUGAUAUACGCUACACAGGCCACCACGCAUAUGCUUCUGGCUGUACAAUUUCACCAUACUGAGAAGGAUGCAAGAAAAUGGAUGAGACGGUGCCAAAUGUUUUGAACUGAAGUAUCAUUAUAUAAACUUCAAUAGGAUGUAAACACUAUAGAACCAAAAGUAGGAACAUGCAUACAUAACGCCCACACACCUUACGUGAUUUUGAAGCGCUUCAGCUGCUUCUCAACCAAAUCUAUAACUGGAUUUUAAGCAUUUAAAUUGGCAUAACUCUUGUUACCAUUGAAAUGUGUGGAACUGCAAAGAUACUUUAAGCUUCAAAAAUCUUAACUCAUUCAUAAAAACAUGAGCAUUUCAUAACUCCUGAAAGUUUGGAGUUUAGGUGAUAAUAGACUUCAGUGGGAAUACUACUGGUCAAUGAGCUGAACGUAUUUUAAAAGGUAGCAAAAAGUUAUGUAAAAUUAAUUCAAUAAAAUGCAUCAGAAAGUACUAAAGUCAACUAUCUCAGAAAAUAUCAGACUGAAAACCAGCUUCAAAGUAAUGCUACAGUGCCAUUAAAAUAAAACUUGUUAGGACACGUUGAUAUGAAUGAGAAAAGUAUGUUCAAUUUUCAAGGAAUGUUAACAUAUAGCAGAGAAAUACAUAUAUAUCUAUAUCUUAGUUAUACCCCUGCAAGAAAAGUUAAGUUUAAUUUUUUAGUACAUUAAAAGUUUUUCCAUUUUCUUUAGUAAAAAACAGAUGGAGUUUUGCAGGAAACCUUCUAUCCAUGGAAAUUAAUUAAAGAACUUGUCCACCUUUCUAUGUUCAAGCGAUUUCUUCAAGGUGGGGCUUUUAAAAGACUUCUGCAAACUUAGAGUGGAUAAAAAUAAAUACCUGUCAAGAAGAGGGCUCUUGGAGAUGAUUAAGAGUACCUCAUGUAGUCAUCUGUGAAAAGUAUCUAAUUUGGACAGGUUAACCAUCAAAAUAACACAGGCUAUCAACUCAGGUGGCAUUACAAACAGAAGUAGGUCAGAAGCUCUAACCAUCAUGAAAAAGCCUACUACCUGCUUCCCCCUUAAGUACUGUGUUUGACUUUAAAAAUGUGUAUCUCAGUAUUCAAACAGUGAAGUUUAAAAGAUACUAUAUAGAAAGGGAGAAGAAAAGUAUUUAAUAUCCUACUUCAGGCUGUUCAGGAACCAAAUAAAACAUUGUUACGGGGAAGGACUUCCAGCCCAAAUGAAAGUUUUUGCUGAACUGCUUAACUGGUGCUGGGUACACCACUCCUCCUCCCAUCCCCAAAUUCUUUUGCUUUUGCAGUGCACCCUGCUGUAAGCUACAGUAGCUGUGAUUUUGUUUUUAAACUGUGAAAUAACAUAUCACAAGGGGAUCUGGUGGGGGGUUUUUUCAGAUUUCUGAUCAUAUAAAAUGAAGGAUCUACUUUUGAAACAAAGGGACCUAGAAGUAAUGAUUGGUCUAGGUUAAGUUUAACCAGCAGUUCAAAAUGCCUGAUGAAAUGUAGAAAAGCUCUGUAUCCUUUUUUUUUUUUUAAUUGAAAAGUACAUAUGAAAAAUACAGUAUAGUUAAAAAGAAAAAUCUGAGGAGUAUGGGGAGGUUUUAUUGUCACUAUUGAGAAUGCUUCAGGCAGUAAUUGGAAGUAUUUUACAAAACAGAACCCUAUGGAUUUAAUUUGAAAAUCUUAUGAGUUGUUGUAAUAUCUGUUAAGGAUCAGCUUGUUCUUUAUUACGUAUAUUUAAGCUUAUUUCAUGUUUAUAAACACAACUAGUACAUAUACUUAAAAACAAUCUAAGAACCAGCAGCCCAGUGAUGACUGGGAGUGCUUGCAGAAUGAAUACUGUCUAUACCUGCAGGUCCCUUUUUGUUUGCCAAGAGAUCGUUUUAGCAGUCAGUCACCAGUGCAGGCAACAAACAGAAGCAAAAUUUGGAAACUAGAUUCAUUGGAAAGCAAUGUCUGCAAUUAUGUCUGCAGAAAUGAGGAUCCAUUUAAAGUCUAGACUUCUGAAAUCUCAGCCCGAAGAGUUUUUAAGAUUAUGAGGUAUUAAGGGAUGCAACUGCAUCCACCUUUCUGUAGACUUAGGUCAAAAUUAGGGUGAAAGUCCUGAUAGCAGCUUGGGCAAUGGACACAAAAGCUACUGUAAUGGAAGCUAGGCUGUGGGCAAAGGCUGCUGUAAGGGGUGGUGUGCUUGUACCUCAUUGUGCCUGAUGCUGAAUGUGGGAUAAGAGAGCACUAACGGCACACAGAGCAGCCACAGAAAUUAAGUUUUCCCUUGGCUUAUGAGGCAGUAAGCUGCUCAUGUGUCUAUACGCAGACUACUUGCAGAACUCCACUGAAGUCAGCAAGGAGACAGAGGGCCUUGAGCAUCUGCGUGAGUGGGGCAAGUUGUAAUACUGGAUUUAGUCCUUUCAAUGGGAACGGCCUGGUUCAGAGAGGUGUUGAACGCCGUAAUUUUCAAUAUUGGGGAUAUUAUAGCUACAAAAAUGUAGCUUUUUUUUUCCAUAGCAAAAUAUUGUAUUUGUUUUGAAAUAUGUGUUAAGCAACAUGAGUGCGAUGUACGAUAGCACAGAAGUUGCCUAAGACAACAUGAACACUCUAUUUAGAAAAACAAGGGAUUUUAGGAUUAAAAAAAAUCAAAGAAUGUGACUUUAACUUCCCCUGUUUAACUAUUGUAAAUCACAACGCAGUAGAAGAGUUUAUUAUAUAGCAUGUGUAGAAGUAGUUCUAAAUAGGGGAGUGCCAACCAGUAUUUUCAGUACCUUGGCUCUGCAGUUUUGAUCCAGACACCUUAACUUUUUUCAUACUGGAAUAUAUUUAUGGGGUUACAUGCAUUUUUGUUGAAAAAGAUUUAUAAAACAUGUUUUGAUGAAAGCUUAUUUUAUACAGCAAAUUGUACUUUGGAAUCUGUUUUACCAGACAUUGGGCUUAUUCCCAUCAUCUUUGAAAAGCAUCUUGCCAUUGGUCUCAGUGGGAGCAAAACUAGGUUUUGAGAAUUCUAGUACAAAUUUGUUGUCUUGCAGUCUCAAAUUUCCUUCAAAAAGCCAAAUUGUAAAAAUGUGUGUGAAGCAAUUACUUCCAAUAUUUCAGAUCUUUAGAUAAAAAUUGCACAUAAGGAACAUAUUUCAUGUCAGGCUCAUUAGAGGAGGGAUUCAUUAUGUAUUUUUUUAAAUCCUGAAAUACAUUUGAUAUUUGCAUAUUUCUAGACAAAAGUGUAACAAAUAUGACAGUUUGGUGACCAGUGGAACCAACAUACUGUGUAGGUGAUGCUUUUGUGUUAGUAAAAGUCUACUCAUUUUCUCUCUGCUCCAAAGUUUACUAUGCAGUGUCAAAUGAGUGCAAACACCAAAUGUACCUUCCUGUAGUCACUGAUGCGUUGUUUGCAUUCAAAACCAGCAGGGUGAAUUUUGUAAAUGAGACACUGAAAGGUGGUUUAUCUUGUGUCUCACGUUUAUACUGAUAAAGCAUUUUCAUUUUCACCAAGUCCUGAAAGGUGCUGAAAGAUAUUAACUUGAAUUAAAAACAAAGAGUAUGUUAUUGGGAAGUUUUUAUUAUGCAACUAAAUGCUACAGAUAGUGAAAUGCCACUUGUUUUUGCAACUUUCUUGAAGGUUUUUCAUUAUUUCCUUCACUUUUCUUCCAAGAGUCUUAUUUCAAUAACUUUUCCUCUUUAUCUGAAGAGCUCUAAUUUAUAAUAUUCAGGCACUAGCUUUGUAUUCUUCAUUGCACUUUCAUAUCCUUGUGUUACAUGCCCAUAUUAUGGUUGCAAGUUUAUGUGAAAAUGACUUGAAUAAAAUGUU